GUGUUGCGUUUGCGUUUCACAUUGCGCAUAAGUGCCACAGGAAUCCAGCUGAAUUUAAUCACUUUCGAUUCCAAAGCGUACGAGAUUCAAGUGUGGGGUGAAGUGCUUGUUAAAUCUGUCAGAUUAGUCUUAUUGGGUGAAAUUACAGCCGUUAAAUUGUCUUGUGUGGAAACGCAGAAAUUGAACGAACAGCUGUUGCUCGAAUGGAGUUAUUACUCACUGCGGAGUGAUGGGAAAAAGAAAAAGUGAAAAUCUCGUGGAAAAUCGGUGUUCAUUUGAAAGGCGAAGCAACGGGCAGGAAAACGCAUUGUGAAACGCACUUAACGCAUUGAGCAGAAGCGAAUUUGAGUUUUUCGUGUCUGAUGACUACGCGAUAAAUGCCAUGUCUAUUUGUUUUCUCGGUGAGGGGAUAUAAAUAAAUCAGUAACAUUGUGAUGAAGAACUUGAGAUCAACCAAAACGAGUGUCUGCGUGUAAAUUGAAUUCAGUAAGAAGGUGUGGAAAACACCCACAUAAUUACUCUGUGGGAAGCCUGUUUUGAACGCAAAACCACGUGUGGUGAAAUCGAAACGAACCAACCCGUUUCAACCACCGCAGUGUAACCACUACUGCCAACUAAAAUUAGUCUGGAGAGUAAUGAAAAUGGAGAAAAACGAUGCUGAUGAUGCAACAAGUGGCGCGUAGUUUCAGUGAAAAUAGUUGUAACACAUUCUAGAGCCUGUAGAGCCGUGGAAAGGAAAAAAAAGAAAGAAUAAAAAAUUGUGCACAAGUGCGCUGUGAAAAACUAAAUUGUGCAAGUGAAAAUUCUCGCUCGACGAUUGGCAAUAAAGUUCAUCAUAAAAAGGAAUUUGAUCCACGAGUGAUUGAAGAAAAAUUAUAGGUUUGUUUUGAAGUGAUUAAUCGUAAAAUUCGGAAGUAAAAACCACGAGCGGACGUCCUACGAGCUCACGAUAGGAAGAGGAAUCUGUGGCGAUGUCGUCAUAUCGCAGUAACUACAGUUAUUCCUGGAAGUCAAGCUACUACCCAACAUCUAGCUCCUCUUAUGGAAGCAGUAGAUUCUCGACCGAACCUACGAGUUCCCGGUUCAGUACGCUGAGUUCUACCGGUAGUAGCAGCAGUUAUAGACCAUCCUUCACCUCUGGAAGCUAUCGCGCCCCUCGUACGACAUCAAAUGUAUCUACAUACAUCAGCCGGUAUUCUAGUUUGGCCGCCGAGAAAGAUAAAGAUAAGGAACGAGAGAAAGCUAAAGAAGAGGAUCGUAGAAAAGAGCGGGAGCGUGAACGCGAGCAGCGAGAGAAGGAAAGAGAGAAGGAGCGACUCCGAGAGAAAGAGAGGCUGAUUGAGACGUCAAGAAAGUUAGAGGCUGAGCUCGAAAAAGAUAAGCCUAAGGCUAUUAAAAAAUCGGCAUUGAUCGCUGCGAAAUAUGGAGAACGUUCUGCGGACGGCGAAGACUCAUCGAAAACAAAUGCUAAGACAGCUGCAGUCAAACCUAAGAAAGAUAUUGCUCCACCGGUUACCUUCACAACUCGUUACGGACGGGCUGGAGUUGCUAGAGAGAAAUCAAGGGAGCCGAGUCCGGCCGCCAGGACUAAUUCCACAACCAGUUUGAGUGCUGGCCGUUCUAGAGCUAGAGAUCCGAGUCCUGCUGGCGGGGCUAUAGCAAGCAACAUUAAAUCAAGAGAUCCUAGUCCUGCGGUGGAGAGCAAACGACCAGGAGGAUACGCUUCUGCAAUUGCCAACAAAUUUACUGCCAAGGAAAAUGGUAGCCAAGCGCCUACCAGAGAUUACAAGAGGCAAACAUCCAACACAUUAAGUAACUUUUUCCAGAACCGAGCCCGUUCUAGAGAUCCCAGCCCUACGGUGCGUACACAAACUUCUCGCGAAUCCAGUCCUAUUGAAUCGAAAAAGAUAGUGACAAAGUCAUUCCCUGCAAGAUCGAGAGAUCCGAGUCCUGUAACUCCCAAAAUCAAUAUUACAAGUACUAAGACUACUUCUACAGCUAUUCAUCGUUCAAGGGAUCCAAGCCCAGCUGAACCCAAAAAAUUCGCUAGUAGCAUUUCAAUCAGAACUGGCUUGAGGUCGAGAGAUCCUAGUCCCGCCACUGAACCGAAAAAGGUACCUACAUUCGGGGCUAACAAGCUCCGAUCCAGAGAUCCAAGUCCUGCGUCUACAAGAUCUACAUCGUUUAUCAGCUCUACUACUAGACAGAGAUUGCAAGAUGCGGCUGCCACCAAACAAACUCCAUCAUAUACACGAUCAUUGACAGCUAGAGAAAAGCCUGUCGAGAACCUAACAUUAACAGUUCCAGUUCAAAAGAAAAGGGAUCCUAGUCCCAGUGCUUCUAAUGUAAGAAGUCGUGAUCCCAGUCCUGCCGUGAACUCUUCUUUAGGUAGGAGACCUUCCAGAGAACCUAGCCCAGCAGAGUCAAUACGAGAAAAGUAUGGCCUCAAUACGAACUCCUAUCGACCGUACGGUAGAAGUAAUUCCAGUUUGGGCGGAACUGCGUCACGUAGCCCAGUUCCAACAAGCCCGAUUGGUGGAGUAGCUUUAUCGUACAUGACUUCUACCGAAGCUAUUGCUGCACGAACUAGUCGACCUUCUUCAAGGUUAUUAAACUCUCAAUCCAGAGAAACUUCACAGUGCCCUUCUCCAUUGUUGAUACGGAGUCAAAUAUUUUCACCCGAGCCGGUACUGAUUGUAGAAGACGAGAAAAAAGCACAGGAAGAGGAAGAAAGCUCGUCUUCCUCUGAAAGUAGCUCAUCCGAAGAGGAAACAUCUGAAGAGACCGAAAGUAGCGUGGAACCCGAGCCAAAAAUCUUAAUCGAAAUAACAUUAGUUACUCGAAGUACUUCUCCAACCCCGCCGGGAUCUACGCCAUACAUCAGAGCAAGGCGAGCUGAAAUGUGCAAAACGAUCGAGAAAACGAUCCAAAAACAGUUACGCAUUGUGGAGACCGCAGACAAAGCCGUGCAAUCGGAUCGAAUGGAUGACUCAACUAAGUAUUUGAGAUACAAUCAAUCCACUACCAGAAAUUGGUCACCGUUCCUGGACAAAUUCAGCUCCAGUGCAUCUUCCGGUUACACCAGAUAUUCCAGUGCAUCGUCACGGUACAGCCGCGACAGUUCUAGCCAAAGCCGAGAAACAAGUGUUGUCUCUCCGCGUAGUGACGUUCCGGAAAAGAAAGAAGAAAAAAUCUCCACGCUAGCGGCACGAGUGAAAGAAAUGAGUUUAUCCAAAUCUGCCAGUCCUAAAAGUACUGUGCCCAGCAGGUCAUCCACAAGCACACCUUCCACGAAACCAAAGACACCACCAAAACAAAAAUCGCCGGAAAAACCACCGCCAGUGCCUUUCAAAGAUGGUUCUCCUACAAAAUCGGUGGCAAACUCGACAAACUCUAAAAUAAACAAAGAUUUCCGUAAAUCGGCUCUCAACAUGGGCCCUGCGCCAGAACGGCCUCGCAAGGGAUCAACUUCGUCGAGCAAGUCGAACUCUUCAACAUCUUCUUCCUCGAACGCAACUCAAACGGCUGCAGGCAUUCCUCAGAAUGGUGUCAGUCGGAUACCACAGGCAACGCGAGCCAGCGCCAGUCCCAGCCGUCGUUCCGAUCGCUCUUCAUCGACUAGCUCGGACCUGAGUACGGCAACUGCUUCGUCGACUUCGGAAGGCGAUGGUCAACCGAAUCGGGCCACGGUAGAUCAGCAUGGCAAUGCAGCUGCCGAUUCGUCCAAUGCUAACAACGAGCUGUUGAUGAGAGCGAUUCAGUUGGCGACGAAUUUUGUUAAUAACAACAACCGAAAUCAUACCAGUUGGUACGACAACAAUAGUACGACUAGUGUGACGGAAAGUUUGAACCAAGAUUCGGCGCAGAAGUCCGGCUGGGAAGCGGGAACGCAUUACAUGGAGAGUAUCAAGGACGAUGAUUCCACUGAGGAGGACGACGAGGAAGACGAAGCUGAUGGUGGCCAGAAGUCUGAUCUGCAGCGAGCAUCGUGGUGGAAUCCACCGGUAGUGAGAGAACCAGAAGCCUCGACGAAAAGCUAUGUUUAUAGGAUCAGGCCAGUGCAAUCGGGUGAGAAAGCAUGGUGGAUGGCAGAUGAAAGCGAGAAGUCCAAAGACGAGAAUAAAGGAUCUUCUGAAGAGACUAAUGGAAACCUGGCAGUGCCGGCUGAAGAGGCUGAUAAGAAGGCUUAUAGUCCGUUUAGGGCAAUUCAAAUUUCUCGAACUGAGUCUGGAGAGAAACCUUGGUGGUUGCUUGACAAUAAUUCUAAAUCAAAAUCUGGUACUGAUAAAUCUGAUGAUCACGAAAAUGACAACGAAGGCGAUGACACAAAUGAUGAAGACGCUACUAGCAGAAGUCGAAAAUCUUCUGGCAUCUCUAGGAGAUCCAACAGUCAAACGUAUAAACCGGUCAAAGUAACUCGAAUAGAAUCUGGUGAGAAGGCCUGGUGGAUGAUGAGCACCGAUAACGUAGCGGCAAAGGCCAAAGAAUCGUCUAAUAGUUUAAGUAAUGAGGUUUCCAAGGAUCCUAGUCCAGACAGCAAGAAUAAUGGAUACACUGUAUACACAUUAGAGGCAGAAGAUGAAGCAUGGUGGCGCGAGGCGAUGGGAGACUUGGAAAAGAAAGAUAAGUCGAGCUCUAGUACCAGUACUACAAGUAGUAGCCAAGCAGCUUCAAAGGAACAAACACCUGAGCCAAAACAACAGCAGAUCUUAAUAACUCGUGCAAAAUCUGGUGAAAGAGCCUGGUGGAUGUUGAGCGCUGACAAGAUUAAUGAAACUGCCGAAGUCACGGCAAGCAGCGAUGCUUCAGUUCGCGAAUGCAGUCCCGUGAAGGCCAAACCUUUCAAGAUAACUAGAAUAGAAUCCGGUGAAGCACCUUGGUGGAUGACUGAAUCUGACACCAAUGUAUCGAGGUCUGCUUCUAAAUCGAAUAUAGUGAGUCGAUCAAAUAGUUUCAACUCGAAACAGACAAGCCCAACCAAGUAUAAAAUCACUCAAGUAGAAUCCGGGGAACGAUCCAAGUGGCUGGAUAGUGCAGAUGAAAUGGGGGGCAGUCCGAGAAAGUUGUCUUCAUUUAUUGAGAAACACGGAGAAGAGGAGAAUCAUCAGGGAGAAGUGGAUAACGAUCUGGACGAAGAGAUUCGAAAUAUCAGUAAAAUUGUAGCAGGACUACCGCAAUUCCCUACCGGGAAUACUAUUAUCGAAAUAAUUGAGACUACGGAUACUCCUCUGGGUGAUCGCGCCAGCCCGGAGGGGGUCGAAGACAGCAAACAUGAAACUGAUCGACUGUCUCCCUAUGACAACAUUCCUCCGGUAACGGUAAACAGAGCCCAGCCCAGCCUGGAGCCGAAUACCUACCAGCUGCCGGACCUGGAACGGAAAGCCACAUCCCAACCGCAGAUUUACAUUUCGCGGCACACCAACAUCGACGAUAUGCUGGGAGGAUCGUGCCAUCCCCUCAGUCCGAUGAUGGACCGCAUGUUUGUGAUGGACGAUCUGCAGGAAAUUUCACCACAUGACGUGCGGGUUCACGACGCUACGGCGCAGUUCAUUUAUGGCAACAGUUCUACCAGUGGUGGAGAAGUUGCCGGCGCUGGUGGUUCGACGAAGAAUGUUGAGUUGGACGAUGCAGCACUACAAGUGUACAAAGACGGUGACUACGGAGCGUAUCUGGAUUUGGAAUCAUCGCUGGCCGAGCAAUCCGAAGAGAUCGAAGGGCUUAAUGCAAACCGCAAAAAUUCACUUGUUGUGAGAACACAGCUCAGCGUUCGAGUGCACUCAAUUAUAGAAAAACUUCUCUCCUCGGAAGGACGUGAGCUGCGGAGGGCGCUGUUUUCGCUGAAGCAAAUCUUCCAGGAAGACAAGGACCUGGUGCAUGGCUUCGUCGCACUCGGAGGACUCAACUGUCUGGUGCAGAUCGGCAAUGAGGCAGAUCAGAACUACCAAAAUUAUAUUCUUCGGGCCCUGGGACAGGUGAUGCUGUACGUGGACGGCAUGAACGGGGUCAUGAAGCAUUCCCCCACGAUCCAGUGGCUGUACUCGCUGAUUGCCUCCAAGUAUCGUUUGGUGGUCAAAACGGCUCUCAAGUUGCUGUUGGUGUUUGUGGAGUACUGCGAGGGCAAUUGCUACCUGAUGGUCAGCGGAAUUCGCUUCGUGGACACCGCCCGGGGUGUGGUGCCUUGGAACAAUAUUAUGAGACUGCUCAAAGACUACGAAAAUGCCGAUACAGAACUACUAAUCUACGCAACCUCCCUAAUCAACAAAACCUUAUCAGGCCUCAGUGAUCAGGAUAGCUUCUACGAUGAAAGCGACUUUCUCGAACAGCAGGGUAUGGAAGGCAUCAUCCAACGAUACAUGUCCCGCCCUGGCACAGAUCUCGAUCUUCUGGAUCAACUUCAGCUUUACGAAACGGUGCUCCGGUUCGAAGACGGUGAAACCGAUGGCAUUCGUAUCCCCGACAACACCGUGCGGAAAACGCUCCGAUAUCGAUCGAACGAAACCAGUGAUCGGCGGAAGUCACGGAGACACAGCACCGGCACUGCGCCUUCAAUGCAACCUCCUCCAAUUCCGCCUCCACCCCCACCAUCUUCCUUGCUACCACCAAAUAUUCCCCCGCCUCCACCUCCACCCUUACCACCGCCUGUGGCCCCAGUCACACUGUACGGUUCCUUAAAAAUACCAAUUCAGCAGCACCAAGAUGAAGACAGUUCUAGUUCAGCAAACUCAGGUGAUCACGUGCAUACCGGCGGUGGCUAUCAUGACAACUCGCGAGACACAACCGGAGUGACUCCAGGACUGAGAAGGCGGCGCGAGCGAGCCGAGCGACAAAAGAGUUUCAUGCGGGAACAACAAGAACUCACGCAGUUCAAAACUCAGGAAGAUACGAACGGUCACGGUUACGUUCUAACCCAAAGCCUACAGCAGCAAACGACUGUGCCUGUCCCGGUGCGACUCCGCAAUGGACAGGAUUCCCUCACCGGGCGACUGAACAGUUCACAACAGCAGCAACACUUACACCACGCAACAAUCAACGAGUACGAUCCCCCUUCGCGGGUGUCCAGUCUAACCCCAUCUGUGAUCUAUAAUCAUAAACAUAGUUCCACUAAUAGUAAUCAUAGCAAUACCAAUGGAGAUUUCGGUGUCUCAAAAUUGUCCUCGAUUUCCAACGGCCCGGGACACGAUGCGGUGGAGUAUAGGAAUAAUAGGAAUUUACUGCUGAGCAAGCAUAAUGGCGUAAGUAAUGGGAACUACAAUGGGUCCAAGGUGGACGUCAACGGUAACAUGCCGAACGGCAGGGUUGCCAGUCCCAAGGAGUUGGACGAGAACGAGAGCCCUAAUAUUAAGAUGAAUGGAAACUACGGGGAAAUCAAUGGGUAUGGCAACACGAACGGGUAUCAUCUCAAUGGCUAUAAGCAACCGAAUAAUGGCAAGGAGGAUCAUAGGAAGAGCAGCAACGGGUAUGUCAAUGGUAGUUUGACGACGAAUGGGAACCACGUGGAUCUAAAUGGGAAGCAGGAUCCCGCACAAGUUGACUCGGACAGCGAGGAAAAGAAGCUAAUAAUCCAGCUCAAGAAGGAUCACACGGUCAAAGACCUGACCCAAAAGCUUUCGAACCUGCCGCUGAGCCCUCAGGAGGACAAACCCCAGAACCGGAUCGGUGACAUGUCCGGCUUGAUUUCCAAAGCCAAAGAAGGGCUAGCCAAGAGCAAGAGCAACAAGGACAUCUCCCGGUCGCCGAGCGUGGACAGCGACAUUAAAAAGCUGGGCGGAGAGCAGAAAAAGUCCGAAAACGAACUCCACUGGGAGGAGAUUGUGAAAAACAUGACACGGAAGCUGAAUCUGUGCGACCUGGACUUCACCGAUCUCACGUCCGACGACGAUAAGGAUGUGCUUGCGCCCCGGGGCUUCGGCGGGGCGGUUCCCCCUCCACCGCCGCCGGGUGGUCUGCUGCCGCCGAUGGGUGUAAUGCCACCGCCGCCGAACAUGAUGAUGCGACCGCCCCCGACCAACCUGAUGCCGCCGAUGUUCCCCAACGGUGGCCUACCGAACCCGGCAGCCAUGACCAAUGGCGACGUGAGCGGGAUGAUUGUGAAGAAUAAAAAGACUGUGAAACUUUUCUGGAAGGAAGUUCGCGAGGAUAUGAUUCCGGCGACGAUACAGCGCACCAUUUGGGACGAGCUUCCGGAGGCCACGGUGGACACCCAGAAGUUGGAGCAUUUGUUCGAAUCCAGAGCCAAAGAUCUGAUGACAAAGAAACAACAAGAACUCAACAAAAACAAAGAAAUUAUUGUGCUGGACCACAAGCGAUCAAAUGCGAUUAACAUUGCUAUGACCAAGUUGCCCCCUCCGCGGGCCAUCAAAGCGGCUAUACUGAAGAUGGACUCUACAGUGGUAACCCGCGAAGGCAUCGAAAAACUCCUAAAUAUGCUUCCGAGCGAUGAAGAGCGAUGCAAGAUUCAGGAAGCACAGAUGCUGAACCCCGAAUUACCUCUGGGCACAGCAGAGCAGUUCCUGCUGACACUAUCCUCCAUCUCGGAACUCGGUGCCCGUCUCAAACUGUGGGCCUUCAAGCUGGACUUUGAGAACAUCGAGAAGGAAAUAGCGGAACCGCUGAUGGAUCUCAAGCAGGGCGUUGAACUGCUCAAAGCAAAUCUCACAUUCAAGUGCAUCCUAUCUACGUUGUUGAAAAUCGGUAUCUUUUUGAACGGAGCGCCGGUGAAGGGAUUCCAGAUCGACUAUCUGGCGAAGGUACCUGAAGUGAAGGAUACGGUCCAUAAACACUCCUUACUGCACCAUCUGUGUCACAUGGUGAUGGAAACGCAGGCCAACACAACCGAUUUGUACUCGGAAAUCGGCCCAAUUACCCGAGCCUCUAAAGCAGAUUUCGGCGAAUUGGCACACAAUAUUAACUAUCUGGAAACGGAAUGUAAAGCGUCAUGGGAUCGACUAAAACUGAUCAGUAAACACGAUACGGCGCCUCAUUUGAAGCAAAAGUUGAUCGAUUUCCUGGCGGAUUGUGCCGAACGGAUUAUCAUUCUUAGUAUAGUUCAUAGGAGGGUGCUAAACAGGUAUCGCAAGUUCCUUCAAUGGUUGGGGGUUCCCCAACAUCGAAUCGCCGAAUCACGACCGAACGAAUUCUGCCGAAUAGUAUCAGAGUUCGCCCUGGAGUACCGAACCACGCGGGAACGUGUUCAGCAACAGAUCGAGAAGAAAGCCAACCAUCGAGAGAGAAACAAGACUAGAGGCAAGCUGAUUGUCGACGUGGGCAAAUUCAAGGGCACUCAGGAGGACCGAGCAGAUGUUGAACUAAGAACACUUCUCGGAACGCCAACCAAGGGUGCAACCGGUGAGGAGGUGGAAAUGAGUGGAACUCUCACCUGGCGGCGAAGGCGAGGCGAUGCCACAGCCUCACCGGUCACCCUCAUGAACUCGAGUGCCACCAGCACCCUGAACAGUAGCUACACCGGAAGUCACCAUAACCGGGACGAAAGCUUCACCGAUGGGGACGAUGAGAUACUGGAGUCUCUGGUCAAAACGGCAACCAAAGCGGCCACCCCGAGACCCACGCAGCGGGAACGAAAACGAACCCGACAGGCGGAUCGAAAGUCGUUAAGACGAACCCUGAAGAAUGGACUGUCGGAGGAGGAAAAGCAACACGUGGCCUCGUUGAUAAAAGGAUACUAGAGCCGAAGGAGGAGAGGAAUCGAACGACCAAUUUUCAACUCAUGUCGAAACGGAUGAAGCCCGGAUUGCUACGCUCUGUGGAGUGUGACGAUUACAACUUACGAAGAUGACGAUGAAGACAGGCUCUCCUACUGCCGGGGCACACAAUUCGAAGCCAUCGACGAGAAGGCACUUGACAAUGUGAUAAGAAAAAUAGAGCUUAAAAAAGUGCUAGCUAGAGAAAACAGAAAAUAUUCGGCGGAUGCAAAAACAUCUUUCAGAACGUUAGCGACUAGCAAAUGAAUGUUUCCGGCAGGUUUUAUAUUUCUAAUAAAUAAAAGAAUCUUUUCAGACGAAGAUCUAGUCUUUCCUCACUUGAUAAGGCACUGAAAGCAAGCAAAUGAAGAUAUUUCUUCUAAAAUUUAGACAACCAUUUCUGACUGUUGUUAGCGAUUUAACGAAUUGAUAAAAUUCAAUUCUAUAACGUAGGAUAGUAGUUUUAAAUAUAAAUCGAAAUAGAUUGUGAAUAAUAGAUUUUCAAAUGAAGCAAAAGAAAAUAUUUUAACUACAACGAAAGCAUUGUGAAAAUGAUUUUCCAAAAAAUACUGAAUUAGAUUAAAUUGAUCAAAAGAUAUCCAACGAAACAAGAAAUGCAACAUUUCAAUUGUAAAUUAGUAAAACACACUCUAGCUACACAAUAUAAAUUAUUGAGAUAUAUCAAAGAUUUACGAAAAAUAAAACGUACUUUAUU